AUGCAAUAAAAUAACAGUGCAAUUAAACAUCUCAUUAAACCAUUUUCUUUUGAACUCCCCCAAUCCGAAUAAUUUAAUCCUUUACUUUUAGACAAUCUUAAUUGGGAUUAUGUAUAAGCAAAUCUGUAAUUCAUUAUAUCUCUCUAUUUCUUAGGGAUAUAGCUUAAUGUGGACCAUUUCUAAAAAAUUUUGUUCAAUCCAACUUCACAUCAGAUACAAUAAGAAAUAUGGAGUUUCGAUAAUUUAAGAAAAUGUUGGAGGUAUGUUAAUUUGCUAUGGAUUUUUAUACUUAAAAUUAAGAAUAAAAAGAGAUAGAAAUAGAUGAAAAAGUGCAAAUCUUGAGAAACAAACAGGAAUAAUUAGAAAAACUAAAAGAAAUUGAAAAAUAACAUAUGGAUAAAUAGAAUUAGAUUAAUAAAGAACUUGAACUCUUAAAAUAAGAAGCAAAGAAGGUUAAAGAAUAAGCUGUCAAAAAUAUAAUAUUCAAAUGUCAUCAUUGUGACAAAUGUUAUCCCUCAAAAUAAGAAUUACUUAAACAUAUUGAUAAUAAACAUGUUGAAAAAUAAAAGGAUGACAUAACUAAUCCAGAAUAUUUGGGCUCUAUGUUAUAAUAAUUGUAAUAACAAUAAACACAAUAGUAGUAAUCUAUGGCAAAUACAUAACAAAGUUUUAUGAAAUAAUAACAAUUUGGAAAUACUAUGUAAUCAAUGCCUGAUCCUUUGAUGAUAGGUAGUGCUGGAUUUUAACAAUUAAAAUAAUAACAAAUAGAAAAGAUGGAAUAGAAAUAAAAGAGAAAAGAAGAGAGAAAAAUUAAAAGAGAGAAUGAUAGAGAAGAAAGAUAAAAACGAAUAUUAUAAUAAGAAGAAUAGAUGAAAUAAUUCUAAAAUUAAAUGAAAAUAUUAAUUGAAUAGAAAGUAUAAGAAAUGGUUAAGUUAAAUAAUAUGGUUGGAUCAUAAUAAUAAGCAUAAAUAAUUUAAUAAAAAAAAUUGAUUGCUGAAUUAGAAGAAUUAAAAUAAAUGAGGUUUGUUUAAAAAGAUCAUAGUAUUAUUUAAUAGGAGUAAUAAUAAGUUAAUUAAUCUAAAAGUAAUGAAGAUGAAAAGAUAUUAAAUAUUAUUGAUAAAGAAGUCAAUGAUUUAGAUAUAUCAUAAUAAAGUUUACAUUCAUAAUAAUUGUCAAGAGAUUAAAAAUUGUAAAUUAAUAAAAAUCAAAAAGCAGGAGAUUAAUCAGGUAUGAUGAGUUUUCACAAUUAUUCAUAUUCAUAAAAUUCAUAAAAUAUGAUUAAUGUUAAGACAGAAAUGGGUAAGGCUAAUUAAAUUAAAAAUAAUCAAUUGAAUGUAGCUGAAAUGGCACAUGUAGGUGAAAUAGAAAGUGAUAAUGAAGUAUUAGAUCAAGAUGGUGAUGCUUCAUAUUUAAGACCAGUUAAUAAGAAGAGUGAAGUUUAAUAAGCAGAAAUUGAAUUUAUUGAAGCUAUAAGAAAAAAGAAAAUCUUAAAAGAGGAUCCAUAAGAUGAUGAUGAUGAAGAUGAUCAUGAUUUCGAUGAUUUAUUAAAUAAGGAAAAAUAAAAAUUAUUGGGUCCUAAUAGUGAAUCAUAAACUAAUAAAGAAUUAUUAGAAUCAUUAAAUAAGAUUUAAUAAUUAUCUAAAGAUAAAUCUUGA